AAAGGCCUCUGACGCCAGACACGCGCGCCCUUGCACACCACACCAAAUCGUUAUUUUUGUCCCUUUCUCAUUUCUCAUUUCUCAUUUGAAAGCACCCACACUCGACCAGCAGCUCGUUCAUUCAAUCUAUUUUGUUUAGUUUUGAUUUGAUUUGAAAUCAAAUCAGCUUUAUUUUUCAGACCAAAUCGUGCGCGUGCAAUUUGAGCCCCACUUGGACCGAACCUGCCACAUUUAUUACUUCCAAUCACACACACGCCGUCAAUAUUAAAUCAUCACCACCACCACAGCAGCACUAUUGUUCAUAUCCGCUCUCGAAAAAGACAAUUAGCACACCGACAAUGGCGACACCAGACAGUCUUUCGCCUUCCUCUGUUAAAGCGCUCGGACAGAUACUGCUGCUCGAGUCGUUCCUUGACGAUGCACUACGGCACGCUCUGGGCAUGCUAAAACUGCACAUUUGUCUUGGGCGUCUGCAUGGGCGCGAGAGUGAGCAUGGCGGCGAUGCGCAGUCCGUGACAGGUGCUGACAAUCUGCGGCGCGCACUGGCUGACAUUUAUCCAAAGGUAAAGUCAGAAUUCGGCAUUAUCGACAAACUUUGUGCGCGCACUGGCGGCAGCGAGCCGUCAGAGGGACUUCGCAUCAGAUCACGCGUACACGAGCUUGUGUGCGUGUGCUUUCCCGACAUACUGGAGGGCUCAGUUGCCGAGGAAACACGAAUCUCUGCCAGCAGCGGAACUAGCGCAUCUCGCAGCGGCGCGAUAGCGCAGCAGCCUAAUGCAGGCCAUCUAUGGACUCUGGUGCGGCCGUGCCAAUCGCCCAGUGUUGUUUUGCACAUGUUUCUCAGAUUAUCUGCAGAUGUCGCGCAAGUGCAGCGCAAUUCCUACAACACGACUGAACCAUUGUUGGUGGGCCACAUCUGGUACGACCUCCUGGCCGACAUUCUGGCACAGCUGGCACUGGCCUCGCUCGUAUUCGGUGAUAUCACAUUUGCACAGGUUUUGACAGCUCUCGAAGUAGUCUCGCCUGGUUCGUCCGACCGCGCGGCAUUGUAUCCGACAAUGUGGGGCAGCGAAAACGCCGCCGAUAUUGUCACCUUUGAUGCUAAAUGGCGCCGCAUCCGCGCCAUGGUCGAGUCGCUGCUCUCGACCCGGGCCAAUGCGUCCACUGUACUGGAGCUACUGGACAUGAGUCCAUCACACAACUUUUUGAACAACCUCAUCAAGUAUAUCAGCGCCGUGCUCGACCACCUGCGCCCCCCACCGCUUGGCAUCUACGCCAAAAUUAAACAGACGGGUCGGAUUCCCAGCGCUUUCUUCGAGACACCCGACCAGAUGGCUGAUCUGCCGACCCACCUGCAACCGACCCUCCGCUGCGAGGAUGACUGCAGCGACACUGAAAGCAUUCAAUUUUCUUUGCGGCCGGCAACAGUUGGCCCCUUGGACUCUUCCGACGAUGACUACCAGUCGUCGCCUCUGGGGCAUAUUUCCCUAGCGCAUGCAUAUUCGGGGAUACCACUGCCCAUGCCGAUGUCGAUGGUCAGAGACUGUAGCAAGCUCACCUUAAAUCCCAAAGUGAGACCCAGAAGGUCCAUGGGGGAUAUGAUGCGGGUCUACACAAAUCUGGAAGACCAGCAAGAUAUUUCUGCACCAUCACCUGCACACCAAACGACGCCAAGCAUUAGCCAUGGCAUGCUUGAUGUCGACGACACUAACGAUAUUGAUAUGUCGCCGACGGUCUGUAGCUUGGCCAGACGCAGGAUGAGCCUUGUAGUGCGCGCUGACAUUCCCUCCUGCACGGCACAGUGUGAGCAGUAUCCACCAUUCUUGAAUCCGCCCCUGCAACUUGCCAUCACAAGCGCGGGCAUGCACCCCAUAGAUGAACUGAGUACUCCAUCGACCGUUGCUCAGCCGCCCCCUACCGAAAGCGGCAUGACCACACCAAAGCUGCAAACCAGCGAACAAGCAAAAUGUGAACGCUCCAAAUAUGUGCCGGACAGGCCGCAUGGUGAUGUUGAGGGAGGCGGCCGCCCACACCGUCGCCGUAGCUUCUGUUUUGCAGCCAAAACGCCUGGAGCGGCAACAGUGCGCCCUGAUGACGCCCGCCGAACCAAGCGCCUAUGGGUGGAGUCGGAAUUGGCGUCCGAUAAUGGCGUCCAUGGAGCGCAAGCGAUCAACCCGGCGCAUGUAAAACAUGCUGGCUAUGCUGGCAUGGCCGAAUACCCGCCCCUUCUGGGCACGCCCGACCGCGGCAAAUCCGCCAGUGCGGAGGAUGCAAACAUGACCCAAAUUACGCCCGAACACCAGAUUGGCACUAAUGCUGAUAUCCGGGCGCUAACAGCAUCGCGCUACAUCGCGCACAAGGACCAGGGCGAUACUGAGGGUGGUGGCCGCAGACACCGCAAGCGCCAACGUCGCGCGCGCGAUUCUUUUUUGCCGAUAUUUCCUUGAAUGCAACCCCUGUAUAUCUAAUAAAUAAAAAGUAUAAAACAUAAG